AAUUUGAUUGAUAUCUUGGUUCAAUCGCCAAAUCAUACAAUCUUUGUUCGACUUUUACAAAGAACGAGACUUAUUCCAACUUUGAUCAAUUUGAUGGAAUUCGGUGAUGGAAGAGGUUUGACAAUCUUUGCUCCAACUGAUGAGGCAAUCUUGCGAAAAAAGGCAGAUGAACAUCAAUUACGCAAAGAUGCAUCCACUUUCUCAUCAAUUGAGGCAGGCGCUGAAUAUAUCGAGUAUGAUACUCAAGUAUUAUCACAAUGGGAAUGGGCUGUCAAGCUUGCUGAGCAGUCAGAACCGACACCAGAGCAAGAGGAUGCAAUGGUGCCUAUUUGGACUCAAGAGGGUACUCAAAUUGGCAACGUGAAUGCCGUAUUGAGGCAGCAAUUAUUGUACCACAUGCUCAACUAUACACUCUCAUACACAGUCGGCGGCAGUGAUCAAGCAUCUCCCAACGACGCACCCCUGAAGCUAUCCAGCAAACCGCUCAUGCUAACCACCCUUCAUCUUCCCUCAAGACGAUUCCUGCACGAACCAACACGCCCAGGACCGAUCCCUCAUCCACCCAGCAAUCCGCCACUCCCUGGCUCAGAAGACAGGGGUGCUUUAUUGGGAGGAGAAGGUCAAAAAGUACGCAUGUGCACACGCGGAAAGGAAGAAGAGAUCUAUCUAGGCACGAACUCAAGAUGUGAGGGUGGUGUGAAAGUGUUGGAAAUGCUUGACAAGAGUGACAAGGGCAGAGUUGUGGUGAUUGAUGGUAUUCUUGACGUGCCUCCUGCACUUUCUACAGUGCUAAAGUCACACCCGAAAUUACAACACCUACUAAACCUUACCACUUCGGCAAGCUUGCGAAGUUUAACGGAGACAGCACAUUCAACAUUCUUUUUGCCCAUUGCGGAAUCGUUUGAAGUGCUCACCUCACUUGAAAAGGCGUACAUCACCGGUGAUUGGGAACUUGCCCAACAGGACAGAGUGAAGCUUCUGGGUCAACAUAUGAGUGGAAUUGGCGUGGGAGCUGGAACGGUGGCAUACGCUGAUCGUCUAUGCAGCGGGGAGACUGCUUCUCUGACCACCAUCUUUGGAGGUCAAGUGAAGAUCAAUUGUGCCAAAGAUGGCAAGAUGACUGUCGAAAAAGCCAAAGUGAUUGAAGAAGACAUCUUGAUCGAGAAUGGUGUGGUGCAUAUCAUCGACGAAUUGCUCUUACCAUACGGCGAUCUUGGCAUGUCGGUAGAAAAGACGCUUCUGACAUUAAACGCAAGCCGAUUCGUAUCUUUGAUGCAUUCGGCAAAUCUUCAACACUACAUCGAUGCUAAUCCUCACGAUGUGGACGACCCUGAAAACGAAGCUCAACCAUGGACGUUUAUGGUACCAAGAGAUGACGCCAUCUCCACAUGGUGGAAGGAUAGAAUGGGUACUGAUCAAGACGACUACUUCCGCGCCAAAUGGGGCUAUGCACCCAUGUACGAGGCAGGUGCACCGGCAAACGGAAGCAAAUUGGUGGAUGUGCUCAAAUAUCACGUCGCUCCAAAGAUGCUCACCCCACAAAACCUUACCGACGGAAUGUUGGUCGGUACAGAACUGCGCAAUUGGAGAUUAAAGGACGCACGUCAGAGAGUGGUGGUAGGUGUGGAUGAUGAAACUGCACCUGGUGGAGAACGUCAAGGCAACGGUGAUGUAGGAUUCGGAGAUGCAAAUGUGAUCGCAGAACCGGUCACAGUUGGACCUUCGAUCAUCUACCUAAUCUCUCAGAUUUUGGAGCCACCUUCGAAUCCUAUUCAGACUGCCGUUUCUUCGCUAUCGCUUUCAACAUUUGUUGCUACUGUGUUUAGUGCUGAACUGGACAAGCCUAUCAAACGUGCACCGGCGAUCACUUACCUUGUCCCACACAAUGAUGCAUUCUCCGCAUUGGGUUUAACCAUGCCUUAUUUGCUUUUAGAUCAAAAACAGCCACGUAAAGAACUUCGAUCGAUGGUGGAAUAUCAUGCGAUUGAUCGAAUCGUUUAUAUGAAAGACUUUUCUUCGGGUAGUCAACGUUAUCCCACUUUGGAAGGGUCGCCGAUCUGGGCUGGUAAAGAUGCGAACGGUACAGUGGAAGUUCGACGUGGUACUGAGGGGAGAAAUGCAUUAGUCCUCAAGGGAGACCUGCUCACCAGUACAGGUGUUUUGCAUGAGAUCGAUCAAGUCGAAUUACCGCCAACGCUGGAUCUUACGAUCGGCAAGCUUAUGAAAGGUGCCAAAGCAGACACAAUGAGAGAUUUGAUCGACAAGGCAGGCUACGGGUGGCUGUUAAACGAGAAACGUCACAAGAAACGACAUCGCUUGUUUGCCGAUGAAAUGCAGUCGUAUGUGGUCUUGACUCCGACAGAUUCUGCUUUCACCCGUAUCAACUUGACACGAUACUAUGAGGACAGAGAUGCAUUGAAACAACUUGUUCAACUGCACAUCAUUCCUUCACCGGCAGAUGAAGUAUUGCCAGGAGGAACGGAUGAUCAAUUACCUCUAAGCUUGAAAGAUGCAUCUUCGUUCUCUACUUUACUUGAUACAUCUUUGGGGGGAUUGAGUGGGUAUGGAAAGAUUGCAUUCAGAAAGCUAAAAGAGUCGAGCAAACGCAGAUCCCUUUUCACUUCUUUCCGUGAUGAUGAUGCAGAUUUGGGAUGGAUGGUAGGCAUUGCAGACACACGUGGAACCGAUGGUCGUAAAUAUGCAGCGAAGAUAUUAUCGUUCGGACGAGAAUCCCUUUCGAUCGAUCGAACGGAAGAUGUAUCAAGCAUGCUACGAAAAAGCAAUAAACGUAAACAACCGGAAGGUGAAUGGAAUUCGCGUAGUAUCGGAGGCGUUUUGACGAUCGAUACAGUUUUGCAACCUUAUGUGCCCGGUUGGUUUUACAGAUGGGGAUGGAUCGUUGCUACGACAUUUGCUGUUCUCUUGGCCCUUUCCGGUGUUGGAUAUGGGCUUUGGACAUGGUACAGGCGUGAUGGCAGAAUUAGAUUGCCUGAAGCGCUUGAAGGAGAGGAAGAAUAA